AUGCGCGCGGCGCGUCGUCAUCGGUGGUCUGUCAAGCGGGAUGUCGAGGUUGCUAGGAAGGAGGUUGCGGCUGGGCGUCGGGAGUGUGCUCGGGAUCAUCUGGAUCGUGCGGUCGCGGCGGGGAUCCUUCGUUCUGCGCCAUCUGCGGUUGUAGGCCAAGGUGAUGAGGUUCCUGUUCCGCCUGAUCCCAAGGUUGGCGAGGCUAGUGGCUUGGGGUCCGUGGUGCCUAGGAUUUCUUCACGGUCAAAGCCUAAUCCUUGGAUUGGCCCUUUGCCGAGGCCUAGGAUUUCUCCCAGGCGUACUCUUGGAGAUGUGUUCCCGGCCGUGCUAUGUUCACCGGAUGAGAAUUCAGUCUCCAUCUCCGGCGGACGGAAGAUCUCUGCAGAUCGGAUGGUUCAAAUUUCAAAUGUGGAUGCGGAAUUUGGGCUGGCAGGUGGGUCCGCGGGGCGUGAUGGGUGCCUCUCUGAUUGGGCCAUCCGUUUUCCGGGUCUUUCGUCUCUUCGAUCCAGGAUUUGGCGUAGACCCAACCCUGCUUGGUCGGGCUUUGUUUCUGGCGAUCGCCGUGCGUUCGUGAGAGACCUCCGCGUCUGCGCUAUGACCGGUGGCGGCCAAUCUGUUGGGGGCAGUGGAGGCUCCAAGAGUCGCUAUGGCAAUGGAGGAGGCGGCGGCGGAAGUGCUCCUCGUGGUGGUGGCCAUGGCGGGAAAGGAAGUGGCGGCGCGGCACCUGGUGACCGUGUCGGUGGAAGAGGUGUUUUGAGUGGCAGGUCAAGACCAGCACGUUUUUUCGCUCCUUAUGGACGGGGUCGCAGCGUCUUCCGGUGGGAGAACCGGCAGUGCGGCGAAGGGCGUGGCCGUCGUGUGGAUGUGCUGGCUCCUCAGGUCCAUGGCGCUGAGGAAAAUGCCUCUCUAGGGCAGGUUCGUGAUGAUAAGGUGGGCAGAGAGGCUCUCCUGGCUGCUGACCAGAGCCGUAACAGAUGUUUGGAGAAGCAUGUUGAUUCUAAUCAGAUUAAUAAGGGUAAGAAGCCAAUUAUUUUAUGUUGUCAGAUUUGUGAAGAGGAGCAUUUCACUCCUCAAUGCCCUCUUCUGCGAGCCCCAAAGCCUUCGGCUAUUUUCUGUGGUUUUGCUGGUGAUGGUCUGGGCUUCUUCCAAAUUCCUCAUGAUGGUAUUGCCAAGGCGGUCAAACACGAUGCUGCGACUGCUCUGAUCCGGGUUAAGGAGGGUUUCAUCCCGGCAGAGCUAAUACAAUCUGAAUUGGCUCGUCUCAUUCCUGUCAAAUGGCAGUGGGUAGUUGAAGAGCAUGGUAUUGGGGAAUAUAUUGUUCCUUUCCCUUGCCAUGUUGAACUGCAGCGUAUGGUGGCUAUAAAAGAAAUUAGGACAUGCAAUGCGGAGGGAGUGAUGGUUUUUGAGGAAUGGAACCAGAAGAUUGAACCUUGCCAAUUUCUUCAGCAUGUCUGGGUUAAUGUGUAUGGAGUCCCGUUCGAAAUCCGAUCUUUUUUGCCUCUUUGGGCUGUCGGCUCAAUUUUGGGAGCGACUCAAAAGGUUGAUAUGGUUUAUCUAAGAAAGACGGGGGUAGUCCGUAUUUGUGUGGCAGUUACUGAUGUUAAUAAAAUCCCGGAUGCCACUGAUAUUACUGUUGAUGAUGCGGUCUAUGAAAUUUCCUUUAAGGUGGACAAAGUCCUUCCAUCGGCUAAAACUGAUGGUGUUUCAGAUGGAGGGCUGGGUAAUGACGGAGAUACCCAGCAGGACGUGGAGGAUAAUCUUCAUGGUGACCGUGGAUACAAGACGGCCAAGGGAAUGGAGAAUCAGGGAAGUUCUUCUGAGGCUCUUCCUGAGGAAAAACCAUCUGGUGACAGUGCAAUGCAGGAGAAGUGUCUUAAGCAUGCGGCAGUUUCUUCACCUGCCUUUGGGUCGACAGAGCCUCUUGUGCAUUCGGCUGUGGGGUGUGGAGAUCUUGGUGGUAAUCUGGGCGUGGUUAUAGAGAUGCCGGUGUGCUGGCCGUCUGAGCUGCUUUCGGACGUGGGCCGCCGGAGGGAUGCACAAGUCUUGGAACUCAGGGAGGUUGGAACGGCUCAGGCGUUGGCUGAAGAUCCUUUGCAGUCCUCUGAAGAUUCUGUGGUUCAGUCCUCUGAAGAUUCUGUGGUUCAAAUCGCUAAGAAGGUGUUGACUGCUUGCUGGCCGGCUGAGUUGUUGGUGGAAAUUGUUGGCCGGGGUGAUGCUCAGGCCUUGGCGCUCAGGGAGACGGGGACUGUGAUUCCUUUAAAAUCGGUAGAAACAGCUGGAUGGGUUGAUGUUUCCUCUGAUUGGUGCUUGCCAGGGUGUGGUCUGCCUGAAAACUCUUCCGUGCUGUCUCCGUUCGGGUCCUCUGAAGUUUCAGGCUCUCAAGAUGCAAAGAAAUUGCUGCUGCAGGUUUCUUCUUCGAUGGUGCCUGUUGAGAAAUCUGUUUCUUUGCCUGUUGAAAGCUUAUGCAAUGCAGCAGCUCCUGCAAUUGUGCGCUGCCCAGAGCCUCUCUCUUCCCUAAAUCAUCAGGAUCUUGUUGAGAGGGGCGAUCACUCGUACAGAGCAAAUAGCUCAAAUGCUUUUUCUGGUCUUCCAAGAUUUGUGCUUCAGAACCUCUCCAAGCAGAACGGAAUUCGCGCAAAUAUAUCUAAUAGGGGAAUGGCGGAGGCGCUGCAGGCACUUGACUCUGUGGUUGGAAUUGAUAUGAUUUCAGAUUUGAGGAAUAAGUCAAAGGUGCAAACUGUGAGUACCCAGGGGGUGCUUAAUCUAGCAAUCAUUCCUGGGGAGGAUAAUUCUAACAGAAGGACUAGCAGGAGGACAGCAGCUUUGGGGGAUGAGCAUAUUCUGGCAAAGGCAAAGAUCCUGAAGGCAAAAAGGAACUUAGAUGAUGGUAUGUCUAACAACUCCUUUAUUUCUAUGCCUUUACACAAUCUUAAAUCCAAUAUAUCAAACUUAGGUGUUUCGAUGGGUAGAAAUAAUAGUGAUAUCUUGCAGUCUGUUAUUUCUAUUAAAAACAUAGAAGUUGAUCGUCUUUCAGUUGCUACUAAAAACUCUUUGUCUAAGAGCAAUAACCUUUCUUCUAAGAUUCGUAGCUGUGUUGGUGAUGUUGAGAAGGACGAUGAGUUGGAUGGUUUUGAUGCGCACCUCAGUCACAUAUGCCGUGAUUUUACUGAGGCCCUCGAUGAUGAGGGUAGAAGCGAUUUUCAUGCUUCAGCCCUUAGACACCUAUGUGGUGGCCUUGAGUACAUGUGGCAUAUAAUGUCUCCAAGAGGGAGAUCUGGGGGUAUGCUAGUUGGAGUCAAUGCAAGAAUAUUUGACAUUGGCUCUAUCGUGGAAGGAGAUUUUUAUACUAAAUUCGUUCUAAAGAACAAAGAGGAUGGCUUCACAUGGGCUUUAUUAGCGGUAUAUGGACCGGCCCAAGAGGACCUUAAGUCCGCCUUCCUAUCAGAAUUGGCUCACAUUUGUACUGCUGAAACCUAUCCAAUAUUAAUCGGGGGGGAUUUCAACAUCAUGCGGAAGCCAGAGGAUAAGAAUAAUGAUAAUUUUGAUCCACGUUGGCCUCAUUUAUUCAAUGCUGUAAUUGACACAGUUGAUUUACGGGAGAUUGUUAUGAAAGGGCGCCGAUAUACAUGGGCAAAUAACCUUAAUCCUCCAACAUAUGAAAAACUUGAUAGGAUUCUAAUGAGUACGGAGUGGGAAGCUAAAUAUCCGAAGGUCUCAGUAGAAGCAUUGGACAGGUCAAGAUCGGAUCAUACUCCGUUAUUGCUUAAUACAGGAGCUCCCUUCCAAUUCGGAAAUCAGCCUCAAUUCAAAUUUGAAUUGGGAUGGUUAAUUCGUGAUGGUUUCUAUGAGAUGGUUGCCAACAUCUGGCUUGGUGAGCAUAGGGGUACUAAUGCCAUCGAAAAAUGGCAAUUCAAAAUCCGAUCCCUUAGACAAUAUUUGAGGGGUUGGGCAAAACAUACAGCUGGAACUUUAAAGAAAGAAAAGAAACAGUUGACAAAUAAAAUUGAUGAGCUAGACAAAAAGGCGGAAAUAAAUCCUUUAACACCUCCUGAGGUGGCCUUUAAGCAUUACCUCAAUGAGAGGCUCGCACAUUUACUGCGAGAAGAAGAGCUUAAGUGGUACCAGCGUGCCAAAGUGAAAGAGCUACUUGAGAGGGAUAACAAUUCUAAAUAUUUCCAACUCGUAGCUAACGGCAAACACCGAAAGCAGCGGAUAUACAAACUUGAAGAUGAGAAUGGCAGUUUCAUUAGGGAAACUGACCUCAAAAAGUAUAUCACAAAAUUUUAUAAGGGGUUAUUUGGUAAGCCGGAGCAUAAUACUUUUGCGAUGGACGAGUCAUACAUAUAUGAUAUACCCCAAGUUAGUGAAGAAGAGAAUGACAUGCUUACAUCACCCUUUGAUGAACAAGAGGUGAAGUAUGCAAUAUUUCAGAUGGAGCAUAAUAAAGCACCGGGCCCUGAUGGCUUCCCUGCUGAAUUUUAUCAGGUUUUUUGGGAAGUCAUCAAAGGUGACCUUAUGGCUUUGUUCUCUGAUUUCCACCAUGGAAAUUUGGCCAUCUAUAGCCUUAAUUUUGGGGUCAUAACUCUUGUCCCAAAAAUUCAAGAGGCUUUAAAGAUUCAACAGUUCCGUCCUAUAUGUCUGUUAAAUGUCAGCUUUAAGAUAUUCACCAAGGUGGUCACUAACCGGAUUGGGGCUGUGACAGAGAAGGUAAUAAAACCUUCACAAACUGCCUUCAUGCCAGGAAGAAACAUUAUGGAGGGUGUGAUUAUUUUACAUGAGACCAUCCAUGAAUUACAUAGGAAGAAACAAAAUGGUGUGAUUUUGAAACUUGAUUUUGAGAAGGCCUACGAUAAAGUGAAAUGGCCGUCUUUACAACAAACUCUUCGAAUGAAAGGAUUCUCCACAAAAUGGUGUGAGUGGAUCCAAAAUAUUGUGUCGGGAGGACAUGUAGGAAUUAAGGUCAAUGAUGAGGUGGGCCCCUACUUUCAAACACAUAAAGGUUUAAGGCAGGGUGACCCCCUAUCACCCAUCCUUUUUAAUAUUGUAGCAGAUAUGCUUGCAAUAUUAAUAUCAAGAGCCAAAAUGGAUGGCCAAAUAACAGGCUUGGUCCCACAUUUAGUAGAUGAUGGUCUGUCUAUUCUACAAUAUGCGGAUGACACCAUCAUUUUCAUGGAACAUAAUUUGGAACAGGCUAAGAAUAUGAAACUCAUCCUUUGUGUGUUUGAGCAGCUCUCAGGGUUGAAAAUAAACUUCCACAAGAGUGAGCUUUUUUGCUUUGGUUUGGCAAAGGAAUGUGAACUCCAAUAUACUCAGUUAUUUGGGUGUAAUAUGAAGACAUACCCUUUUAAAUACCUGGGCAUUCCAAUACAUCAUCACAAAUUAAGAAAUAGUGAUUGGAAGGAGGUUGAAAAUAGAUUCGAAAGGAGAUUGAGCGGUUGGAAAGGAAAGAUGAUGUCAGCUGGAGGCCGAUUAGUACUCCUUAACUCGGUCCUCAGUAGCCUCCCAAUUUUCAUGAUGUCUUUCUUUGAGAUCCCUCGGGGAGUCCUCAAAAGACUGGAUUAUCUACGGUCUAGGUUUUUUUGGCAAGGAGACAAUCACAAGAAAAAAUAUAGACUUACACGUUGGGAUAUUCUCUGCCUACCCAAGGACCAAGGGGGUUUGGGAAUUACCAACCUUUCGGUAAAGAAUAUCUGCCUACGAAGCAAAUGGCUUUUCAAGCUGCUUAAUGAGGAUGGGGUUUGGCAACAAAUGCUCAGGAAUAAGUAUCUUGGUUCCAAAACGCUCACGCAAGUCCAAGGACAGCCAGGAGAUUCACAAUUCUGGGCUGGCCUUAUGAAAAUUAAGAAUGAAUUCCUCAAUUGGGGUUCUUUUCAUGUACAGAAUGGGAAGCAAACUCGAUUUUGGAACGAUAUUUGGCUAGGUAAAAGCCCACUAAGCCAUCUUUAUCCCCUGUUGUAUCAGGUUGUGAGACAUAAACAGGCCACAGUAGCAGAAGUACUGUUCAGAGGCACUUACUGGCUAAGGUUCUGGAGACUACUUCACAGGGAGGAUUUGAGGGAAGAUUUUCUGUCGAUCUGUCAUAUGUUGGAGGUGGUGGCAUUGGAGCUCUUCGCCAAGCAUGGAUGGUCUUGUAGUUACAGAUUGCAAGCUUCUUGA